AGAGAGAGAGAGAGAGAGAGAGAGAGAGAGAGAGAGAGAUGCCGAAGAUGAGAGACGAAGAGACGCAAUUGACGCUGAAAAUCGUAAAAAUCCUAGACGAAGUUCGAGCUUCCAACGCCAUCCACAUCCGCAAGCACAAGGAGCUCUCGGCCCUCCGCUCCAAAACGACGUCGUCGUCGACUCCAUCGUCCCCUUCCCAGUUCUUCUCUGCGUUUUCCAAAAGCCUGCUGCCUCUCUUCGGCUUCCAGAGGCGCGUGGCUUCAGCCGAGCGCGUUGUCCGCUUCGUUUCCGUAUUUGCCACCUCGCGUGAGACCGAUCACGCUUCCGAUUGCGAUGCCUUCUUGGAGGAUUUCCUCCGGUUUCUCCUCGUUGCCAGUGCUGCUGCCAACAAGACCGCUAGGUUUCGAGCCUGCCAAAUUAUUUCCGAGAUAAUCAUGAGGUUACCAGACGAUGCAGAAGUAAGCAAUGAAUUAUGGGACGAGGUAAUAGAGUGUCUGAAGCAGCGGGUGGGGGACAAGGUCCCUUUGAUCCGUACAUAUGCAAUUAGGGCUCUUUCUCGCUUUGCAACUGAUUGUGAGAACAGUGAUGUCCUUGAUUUAUUUCUCGAGGUUCUUCCUCUCGAGCAAAAUGCGGAGGUCCGUAAGACAAUACUGCUAUCUUUGCCUCCUUCGAAUGCAACCUCACAAGCAAUUAUUGAUUGUAUCAUGGAUGCUAGUGAAUCAGUACGCAAAGCAGCAUACUAUGUUCUAGCAGACAAAUUUCCUCUUCAAAGCCUUAGCAUUAAGCUCAGGACAGUUAUUCUUCAGAGAGGACUUGCAGAUCGUUCCAUUGCUGUCUCAAAGGAAUGUCUUAAAUUGAUGAAGGAUGAAUGGCUUACUAAGUGCUGCAAUGGAGACCCUGUAGAAUUUCUCAAGUAUCUAGAUGUUGAAACAUAUGAAUUGGUUGGGGAGUCUGUGAUGGGGUCUUUGUUGGAAGCUGGCUCAAUUCAACUAAAUGAUGGUUCGAGUAUCCAACAGUACAUAUUAUCGCUAAGUGAGAGACCUCAAGAUGCAGCCAAUGUCACUCCAAGCAUACGACUUAUGGAAGCAGAAGUUGCUCUUUAUUGGAGGAUGAUAUGUGGGCACUUACAGAGAGAAGCACAAGCAAAAGGGACUGAUGCGGCUGCCACAAUGGGCACUGAAGCAGCAGUAUAUGCAGCAGAAGCUUCAAAAAACAAUGACAUCCUGGAGAGGAUCCUCCCUGCAACUGUUUCUGAUUAUAUAGACUUAGUCAAAGCUCAUAUAAAUGCUGGAUCCAAUUAUCAUUUUGCAUCUCGGCAACUUCUAUUGCUUGGUGCAAUGCUUGAUUUUUCUGAUGCUACAAACAGGAAGUUGGCUAGUGCAUUUGUGCUGGAACUCUUGCACAAGCCUUUUGACCAUGAAGUAGAUGAUGAUGGGAAUAUGGUUGUUAUAGGAGAUGGAAUAAAUCUUGGUGGCGAUAGAGAGUGGGCCAGUGCAGUUUCAGGGUUGGCAAAGAGGGUGCAUGCAGCUAGUGGUGAAUUUGAAGAGGUUGUUCUUGGGGUUAUAGAAGAGCUUGCUCAGCCUUGCAGGGAGAGAACAGCAAAUUUUUUACAGUGGAUGCAUUGCCUUGCUGUGACUGGCCUUCUCUUGGAGAAUGCAAAAUCAUUGUAUAGGGUUCAAAGGAAAUGUAUAGAACCUCCAGAACUUCUACAAUCUUUAUUGCUUCCAGCGGCAAAACAUGCUCACUUGGAUGUGCAGAGGAUUGCCAUGAGGUGCCUUGCACUUUUUGGGUUGGUAGAGAAGAAACCGAGUGAGGAACUAGUAAAGCAGUUAAGGCUUUCAUUUGUAAAGGGCCCCACUGCGAUUAGUGUAGUGGCUUGUAAGGCAUUAUUUGAUCUUGGGAUGUGGCACACUCCUCAUGUAGUUGAUAGAGCUUGGGGGCAGGAUUUUUCAUCACAACUCCAAGACAAUGAGGUUGCUUAUAGUCGUGUAGCAUUUCCAGAUGCAGAUGUGAAUAUGGAUGUUAAAUUGCUUGAUCUGUUAUGUGCUGGACUUGACAGAAGUGACCGGGGAAGCAUUUUAGCAGGUGAUGAGAAUGAAUCAAUUCAAGCUGUUCUUGGAGAGGGAUUUGCGAAGAUUCUUAUUUUAAGUGAGAACUACCCAGGCAUACCUGCUUCCUUACAUCCUUUUCUCUUAACCAAGCUCAUUGCUUUGUACUUCAGCAAUGAAACAAAAAGGCUGCUAAGGUUGAAACAAUGCUUGUCAGUAUUUUUUGAGCAUUAUCCUUCUCUCUCAGUUAACCACAAGAAGGUUUUAUCCAAGGCUUUCAUUCCAGUCCUGCGUUCUAUGUGGCCAGGCAUCAAUGGAAAUGCUGGAGGUUCUGCGCAUGUGGUGUCUAAUAUGCGCAAGCUUGCAGUCCAAGCAUCACGCUUUAUGCUGCAGAUGAUGCAGGCACCUUUAUAUGUAAAGGAGAUGGAAAGGGAGGUUGAAAAUGGUAGUAGGGAAUCACCAGAAAUUGUAGAUGGUACUGUGGAACCUCCACUUGAGUGUGGUGAGGAGGGGCUUGCAAUACGUAUAGCCAUAGAGGUAACAAGCUUUGGGACAAAGAAGACACCUGCUGAAAGGGCAUAUGUCUCAGCAUUAUGCAAAGUGCUUGUUUUGCUCCACUUUCGGUCAUCUGAACAAGGGGCAAUUGAAUUAAUGAAGAGGCUUUUAAUUUGUGUCAUUGAAUGUGUAUCAUCAGAGAAGGAUAUUGCAAAGGAGUUAAAGCGGAUGGCAAACCAUCUUAAGACGGCAGAUGAACAUCCAGAUCAGGAACAGUUGCAAAAUCAAGCUAAACUUAUUUUUGGGAGGUUAGAACUAGAAUUUAACUUGGAUCUCAUUGGUUCGCCUGAAAUACCACAAACACCAGCACCUCGUUCUACACAGCCAACUCGUUCCAGAAGAAGAGUGAGGCAUCACGAGGCAUCUUCUGAUGAAGAAAGUUCACCCACCUCAGUUGUCCCUACUAUUUCUAGCACAAUGGGCCCUCGAUCACAGAGGGCAAGCAAGACUGCAGCACUCAAUAAAAUGACUGCCAUCAGAGCCCCCAGGAUUGAUGAAGAUGGCGAUGGUGAGGACGAAGACUCGGAGCUGACAUCUGAUGAGGAUUCUGAUGCAUCUGAACAGUUCACAGAAUAAGUGGUUGACAUGAUAGACCUCUCAUCUAUGACAUGUCUAAUUCUCAUCCAAUGUCAUCCUUUUAUUGUCUCACGUAUACUUAAAUGGUUAAUGACACAGGUUAAUUAAAAGCUUCAUUUUGUUGA